UCAUUAAUUUGAACUGCUUCAUUUUGAUUUGCCACCAUUAUAUCGAUUUCAUCAAUCGAUCGAUCAUCAUCUAACAUCGAUAACCUUUUUGAAAUAAAUAAUUGCCGCAAAUUUGAUGAUAUUGGAAGCUAAUUGUUAAUAAUUCAUACAAAUGGAUAGUAAAAGCGAAAAAAUACGCAAGAAGAAUAUUCGUGACCAACUAAAACGUAUUAAACCAGGCGAGUGUCAGAAAUAUGUGCGUUUGGUACUAGACUGUCAUAUAAUGUCGGCACCAUAUGGACGGGAGUUGAUAGCCGAAUUAAACACUGCCGUGGGUGCGGGAGAUUUAAAAUACGAAAUAAGGAAUCUACCCCUGAAGGGAUCAAUAAUAUGGGAGCGAAGUGUGGGCCAACUUACUCUAGCUUUUGGUGAGGGGAAUGCCUUGUCCGAGGAUUGGCAACGUGAGAAACAAGUGAUUAAAUUACUAUGCCAGGAAGAACUUCAGCAGCUAGCCAGAAAUCAAAAUAUGGAAAAAUUAGCCGAUGAUUUGACAACAAAAUAUCCAAAUAUGCACCAUAUCGUUGCCUACCUAUCCAAUGAUACGAAACAUUCAAAUUCCGAAAGCCAUGCCUUAUUCGAGUUACAAGUAAUGCAUCAAUUGCAGGUUUUGGAAAUAACGAAUUAUGCCAAGGGUUUGGUUAGUGAAUUAAAACGUUUAAACAAGGCAAUAGCCGAGGCACCAUAUAAACAACAAAAAUCCGAGACAAUGGAAUCAUUUAAGAAAUUCUUGGCUAACGAUAAAAAACAAUGCGUUCGUGUUGAGGGUACCAACGGCUUUGGUCGUCUGUGGCAACAACAUUUAAACCGCUUGCCUUUGGUCACUCUGGAAGUAGCCGAGACAAUAAUUGAACGUUAUCCUUGUCCCAAAAAAUUGAUUGCUGAUCUCAAAAACAAUCCAGAUGCUGUCAAGGAAAUUGGUGAUUUGAAAAUAAAACGUUGCGGUCCAAAGGUGCUACAAAAUGAUCGCCGUAUUGGUAAUGUUUUGGCUUAUAAAUUAUAUAUGCUUUAUAAUUCCACUGAUCCAAAUACAUUGAUUUGAUUUGGAUAAGAUGAAAUGAUAAUUCUAUAUGGGAUCCGAAAGGAGAGAAUUUCUAAAAUAAUUAACGAAAUUGGUUUUGGAGAUUGGAUUGGUCUGUACAGUUUUUCCACAUAGAAUUAGCCAUACACAAUUUUUUUUUUUGCAUUUUGAACGGAACAUAAAUGUGGAUAUUGCUUUUACUUACUUAAUUCAAUUGCCUAUAAGAAACUUCAAAGGGAAGUGGUUUAACCGGGACGCCUACUGUCAUUAUAAAGUUAUGCCUGUAUAACGAUAUAUAACACUAGAAAUUAGUCAAUUCUAUAUUAUUUUUUUAUUCCUUUAAUUUUUUUCCCCAUUGACAUCUUGAAAUUCGUGUGCUAUAAAGUUGAGGAAAGCCCGAACUUAAUUCUUUCCCUUUAUUUUCAUCGUGUCCCACUUUAAGAAAUAUUUUUAUUCAAUGACCAACGUUCCCAAAUGAAAUACGAUUUGCUAGUUUAUUCUAAUUUUAUUUCCUCAUUUUUUUAUAUUGUUGAUAUCAUUUUAAUUUUAGAAUUCUAAUUAUAAGUAGACGCAUCAAUAAAAUUGAUGAAUGUGGCUAUGUA